AAUAAAUGAAAAGGAAUAAAAAAAUAGAUAAUUGCGCUCUGCUUUGUUAGGGUUCGCACGUGUGAAAGUAUAGAAACCGUUCCUCUUCCACGGCAGUAUAGAAAGAAGAAAGAUACGGAUGUUUGCUCGUAGGUCAAUCUUCCUCUUGAGUUGCAGAGCGGAUAGUGUGCUCAAACUUGGGAAUUCAUAUGUGAAGUCGAAGCCAGCUAAUUACUUUCAGGAACAAUGUUCUUAUUAUAGUUUGAGCUUUAAUAGGAAGACAACAGGGCCAAAAAUUAGGUUAGGUAGCAUGGACAGGAACAAAAAGCAAAAGACAGUUACUCGUCAAUGGAGACCAAUAUCUACUGAAGCCAGUUCUGUUGAUGAAUCCCUGAUAAAAGAUGUGACUGUUGAGUCAGAAAAUGAAGAUCAACUUCAAGAAGUACACUUUUCAUCUGGCUCCUUUUCAAAUACUAAACAAGUGACUGUAACUGAAGUAACUCAGUCAACUGUCAGUUCUAGCUCCCUGGACAAUAAUACCGAAAAUAAAGUUUUAGAAGGAGGGUCUGUGCUUUCUAUGGAGAAGCAUUCACUUUCCAUUGAGGUAGGUGCCUCUCUAAUUCGGUUUAUCAAAGGAAAAGGAGGAUCUACACAGCAAAAAAUUGAAGAGGAGAUGGGAGUUAAGAUUUUCAUUCCAUCAUCAAAGGAGGAGGAAUCUAUUAUCAUUGAAGGAAGUUCAAUUGAUAGUGUAACUAGUGCUUCAGAAAAGAUACAAGCUAUUAUAGAUGAGGCAGUUAACAGCCCAGGUCUCAAUUAUUCCCACUUCAUAUCUCUUCCACUAGCUAUUCACCCAGAAUUGGUUGAUAAGUUAGUGAAUUUUCAGAACUCGAUAUUGGAAAUUAGUGAUGCUUUCCUGGAUGAGACCGUGGAGAGUGAUCCCAAUGAAGGUACUUCUGAUAAUGAAGAUAAGGACCAAGAGUUCAGUAGAGGAUCUGAUGUUGCAGUUGAACUUAAAGUUGAAGAUGACAAAAAUGUUAAAGUGGAUCUAACUAGCGUGCCUCUUGUUAGUUACGCACCUAAAGCAUCAAAGCCAUCUACUUUAUCUGACUUGGGAAUAGACAAAUCUAUAUUUAUCAAACCUACAGCAUUUCACUUAACUGUGCUUAUGUUGAAGCUCUGGAAUAAGGAGCGAAUUGAUGCAGCUACUGAGGUUUUGAAGAGUAUAUCAUCAAAAGUGAUGGAUGCGUUGGAUAAUCGACCACUCUCUAUCAGACUUAAGGGGCUGGAUUGCUUGAGAGGUUCUAUGGCAAAAGCCCGUGUUCUCUAUGCAACUGUAGAAGAAGUUGGAAAUGAGGACCGCCUUUUACGUGCCUGUCAGGUCAUUAUUGAUGCAUUUGUUGAGGCUGGACUUGUCCUAGAGAAGGACGCUAAACAUAAGUUAAAGUUGCAUGCCACAGUGAUGAAGACAAGCCAUAGGAGAGGGGAGAAGAGAAGAAAAAACGAUUACUUUGAUGCUCGAGGUAUUUUCAAGAAGUUUGGAUCUGAGGAAUGGGGGGAGUAUCUCAUACGUGAAGCUCAUCUUUCACAACGUUUUGUGUAUGAUGAGAAUGGAUAUUAUCAUUGUUGUGCUUCAAUACCUUUUCCCGAAGGCAUGCAGGUGGAUUGAUUUACAACAUGAAAUUUGUAAUCUAACUUAUUCUUGAAUGGGAAGCUGGCAAGAUUACAUAAAUGGAAUUUAUUAAUGUUUGUGUUGCA